GCUAUAUGCACAUACUUUAUUACGCUUGCCUUUGAACACUGAACUUCUGAACUUCCCUUGACGUUUUUCCCUGUAGCAUGUGGCUCUGAUUUGGAUUAUUUGCUAGACUUGUUUUCGUUUGCUUGGCUCUUUUGAAGUUGUUUCUGUUUCAGGCCGUUGCGCAGAAGAAUGGAUUCCUCUGCACUUCACUCUCUUUUAUUUAUGCUUUUCACCACCUUCUCCUAUGUUCUUGCUGGAAUGGACUCUUGUUAUAAUGAGGAGGGCGUCUCGAGCCGCUGUUUGCCUAAAUUUGAAAAUGCGGCCUUCAAUCGUACAGUGAUAGUUUCAAAUGUGUGCGGUAUCCCACCUGAGGACUAUUGUAUGCAGACGGGGUCCACGCGGUCAUGUCACUUCUGUGACGCCUUGGACUUGGAACUAAAUCACAACGCUACUUACCUGACAGACUUCCAUACGGAUGAAGAGCCUACCUGGUGGCAGAGCCAGUCCAUGUUCUAUGGAGUUCAGUAUCCUAAUUCAGUCAACAUCACACUGCAUCUUGGCAAGGCCUUUGAGAUCACAUAUGUCCGUUUGAAGUUCUACACCAGCCGACCAGAGAGCUUCGCCAUCUACAAGCGUACCGAGGAGAAUGGACCAUGGCAACCAUACCAAUAUUACAGUGCUUCUUGUCGCAAGAUGUACUGGAGGGACAAUAAGGGCUUCAUACGUCCAGGCGAGAAUGAAAUGACAGCACUCUGCACGGAUGAAUUUAGUGACAUCUCACCACUAACUGGCGGAAAUGUGGCUUUCUCCACAUUGGAGGGACGACCCAGUGCCUACAACUUCGACCAGAGUCCUGUGUUACAGGACUGGGUGACAGCUACUGAUAUCCUCAUCUCUCUGGACAGACUGAACACUUUUGGAGAUGAGUUCUUCAAAGAUCCCAAAGUGCUUCGUUCAUAUUUUUAUGCCAUAUCGGAUUUUUCCGUGGGGGGCAGGUGCAAGUGUAAUGGUCAUGCCAGUGACUGCGUCACCAAUGAGGACGGACGUUUGGUGUGUGCUUGUGAGCACAACACUGCAGGGGUCGACUGUCAGCACUGUGCCCCCUUCUACCAGGACCGGCCAUGGGCACGGGCCACCGCCGAUUCAGCCAACCAGUGUGUGAGGUGUAACUGCAGUGGUAUUGCUGAUGAAUGUGUGUUUGAUGCAGAGCAGUACCGCAGCACAGGAAGUGGGGGGCGCUGUGUUGGCUGCAGGGAAAACACAGCUGGCCCUCACUGUGAGAGAUGCAGAGAGAACUUCUUUAGAUCAUUACCGCAGCAGCCCUGCCAAAACUGCAACUGUAAUGCAAUGGGCUCUAUGAGUUUGCAGUGUGAUGCAGAGGGAGUGUGUAUGUGCUGGCCAGGUGUGUCUGGUGUGAAGUGUGACAUUUGCAAGUCCGGUUUCCAUUCUCUCGGCCCUGGCGGAUGCAGGUUGUGUGAGUGUGACGCCAGGGGCAGUGUAGGAGUGUAUUCAGCUGAAGACGGACGCUGUCAUUGCAAGACUAAUGUGGAGGGUCAGUCCUGCAACAGGUGUAGACCAGGCUCUUUCAACCUCCAGCUGGAAAACCCAGAUGGCUGUAAAAAAUGCUUUUGCUUUGGACACUCCCUCGCUUGUUCACCCUCCAAUCAGUACAUGGCAAUUAAUAUUACUUCAGACUUCCUAGAAGAUCCGGAUGGCUGGAAGGGUGUGUUCUCCGGAGGGCUAGAGCAGUCCCUCAUCUGGAAGGAGGGAGAAGUCUAUCUGUUGCCCUACAGAGAGGAGAAUGGCUUCUACAAAGCACCUGAUAAAUAUCUGGGGAACAGGUUGCUAAGUUACGGACGGACCCUUAGCCUGUCAUUUACGGCUGAGCUGGAGGAGCUCUUGCCCAGAAGUGUGACCGUGACGCUGGAGGGCUUCGGAAUAUUGGUUACUGCUGAUUUGUACUCUCAACAGAAGACUUAUUCCUCAUUGGAGAAGACACCCAUCAACACUUUCACUCUAAGUUGGUACUCCGAACACUCUUAA